GACGCAGAGAAAGAGGCUCCAGACUGGAUCAGCGCGGUCGGUUCGCAGACGCAACAGGUGCGCACCAGGAGAGAGAGAGACUCCGGGACGCACAGCGGCACGAAGCUUCAGAUCUGCACAGAAAACUCAGUAGCUUUGGAUUUUAUGUGUAUUUGUAGUUGACUUAAAUGUGAUGUGCAAAACUAAAGAGGAGGAUUUACCUAAAUCGUAAGUCAAAUGUACAGAAAAGCACCACCACUAUGAACAGGAGCGCCAAAGGAGACGCAUAAGCCACUGCUCUGAAAACUUGUCAUGAGGCAGCGGUGGAUCACAGACCUCCUGUAGGUCACGGUGGCAGCGUUUCAAGUUCGUCUGAAGGGGGAAAGAAGAAAUCAUGAACUUGUCAGAGUCCGUGUGGCUCUUGGAGGAGCCGUGGAACCUCAGCAGAGCGGAGGAAGAGGACGAGAAACUUCUGUUCGGGAUCGGGAUGGAUAAUUUCAUCACGCUGCUGGUUUUCGGGCUCAUCUUUACGCUCGGCGUUCUGGGCAACUCCAUGGUGAUCACCGUGCUGGCCCGGAGCAAACCCGGGAAACCGCGGAGCACCACCAACAUUUUCAUCCUCAACCUGAGCAUAGCGGACCUCUCCUACCUGCUCUUCUGCAUCCCUUUCCAAUCCACCAUCUACAUGAUGCCGACGUGGGUCCUGGGCGCGUUCAUUUGCAAGUUCAUCCACUAUUUCUUCACCGUGUCCAUGCUCGUGAGCAUUUUCACCCUGUCUGCCAUGUCCGUGGACCGGUACAUUGCCAUCGUGCACUCCAGAAAGUCGUCCUCCAUCCGGGUGGCGCGGCACGCUCUGAUCGGAGUGCUGGUGAUUUGGAUACUGUCUCUGGCCAUGGCUGCGCCCGUCAUGCACUACCAGAACAUCUUCCACAGAGGGGAGAAUCACACCUUUUGCUGGGAAGGGUGGCCAGAUCAAAACCAGAAGAAAGUCUAUGUGGUUUGCACGUUUGUUUUUGGUUAUGUGUUGCCUCUGCUGCUGAUUUCCUUUUGUUAUGCAAAGGUGUUAAAUCACUUGCACAAAAAACUGAGAAAUAUGUCCAAAAAGUCAGAGGCAUCAAAGAAAAAGACUGCUCAGACGGUGCUGGUGGUGGUGGUGGUGUUCUGCCUGUCUUGGCUCCCUCACCACGUCAUUCACCUCUGGGUGGAGUUCGGGACCUUCCCCCUGAACCAGACCUCCUUCAUGUUACGGGUGGCAGCACACUGCCUGGCCUACAGCAACUCAUCCGUCAACCCGGUCAUCUACGCCUUCCUGUCGGAGAACUUCAGGAAAGCUUACAAGCAGGUGUUCAAAUGCCAGAUCGGUACCAGUGACUCCCCGCUCAAUGACAUCAAGGAGGUCCGCAGCAAAGCAGAUACACCACCGUCGACUAACUGCACCAACGUCUGACUGACUGUUAGUUGUGCCAGCUGUCACCCUGGAACUCGCUGUAAUUCACAGAGUCAUCAGAAAUGAGUGGUUGUGUGUUUUUGAUGUCGGUAAGUAGGGUUGCUCCAGCUGUAUUAUUCCACACAAGCGCUGUUCAUUGUACCUGGACCAGAGGGGGAUGAAGCCACAGUGGCUGUCAGACUCGAUCACUCUCUUUUUGAUCCAUCUCUGUUUCCUGUACCUCUUCUUUCAAAACCUGUCAAGUCUGAAACUCAGGAAAAUGGUGAAAGUUGUUUUGACACAGAUAUUAGUUACAUAGCCAAUACAAAUAAGGUAAUUGAAUUUCAGCCUUAUGUAAUGAAUGUAGUUUCACUGUUUCUUCUGUCUCAAGACUGAUUGAAGUGACAUUUUCAAGAACUGUAGAAAAUGUUAAGAGAUUAUUAUUUUACCGUCAAAAUACAAAUGAUCCCAGAAUGCUUUGGCGGCAUCCACUGACUGGUUUGCUGUCUCACUAGAAGUUAAAUUAUUCUUUUUGUCGCUUCAGUGGAGAAACUGAGAAUGUGUGAGCUCGGCAAGUUUGACGUAGGAGCUGGAGGCAGCCAGCCGCAACAAAACGACAAAAUGCAGUUUCUGGUAACACAAACUGUCAGAAAUUCAAACAAUUCACCAGUCAUAAAGUAGCCAUCGCUAAUCCUAAACUACAUGCUGGAACUUACACUUGGUUUAGCAUUAUUACUUGAUAUUUAAAUGAGGUGUGAAUAAGAUGGCAUUCCCUGGAUUCACAAAGAUAGACUCAGUCAAACUUCUUACUUCUGAAUAUCUUAAGUGGACCUCUGAAGUGCACCAGGAGCUCUUUGUAAAUAUCACCAUUUACAAACCAAAAAAAAGGUUGACUUUUCUACCACAUAAAACUAUCAUAGUUUUCAUUAAUAACUGACAAGCGAAUUUUCAGCAAACUUUUGAAAUGUUGUUAAAAAGAAAAAAAAAAUUAAAAAGAAAAUAUGAAUUAGGCUUGCUUCCAGUAUCUGGUUACAAUUCAAGAAACUAGGCAUGCAAUGUUACCAGAAGGUGGUGUUAUAUGUUAUGUUAGAGUAAAAGAAGUAAAAAACUAAAGUGGUAUACAAUAAAUGGAGGGACAUUUUGAGAAACUGUGGGAAAUGAGGGAACUUGUAUUUAUUCAUUCAUGUUUGCUGCUAUUGAGAAGGUUUCAUGCUGUCCAGAGAUGAAGACAACAAAAGAAACAGCUAAAUGUAAAUCUAAAGAGGUGUUUCCAUCUCCCAUAAAGCAAAUUCCUUAAAAAAAACAAGACAAAACAAACCAAAAAAAUGAGGGAGCAAAUUAAGGCCUUUUUUAUUUACAAAAGCUCAAAUUUUAGAAAUGUACACAAAAAUACAUUAUAGAAACACAUGUAGUAAUUGUGACCAUUGUAGCCUCGCUCUUCAUUCCAAGUUAGCUAACAUAAAAGCACAUUCUGUAAAGGUCUCUGGGCUAAAAUUGAAAGGACUCACGUGUUCAAUCAGCUGAGCUAUCAGUGCACCAAAGCUGGCUACGUUUAGGAUUUGAAUAUCUACCAAACUCUUAGAUCAAUCUCAGCUAUCUGAGCUAAGACUGGAUUAACACCACAGACAAUAUCUUUGUAAGCCGGCUGGGUGUCAAUGGCAGGUGGGGAGUUGGACUGUGGUGGUACACCUGUCAAACGAUAACCCAGGUGUCCUUAGGAAAGCUUAGGUAGGACAGAAACCUCUUGUGGAGCAGAAGGAAAAAGUUCACUUGAUCUUGAUGUUCAGUUUCAGUCAUUUGUGGGCCACAGAUAGUCUACAGUCCGUACCAGUGGGGAAAGUAGUCAAAACUGUUGCCUGGGAGGUCUUUGAACACUUAUUUUCUAUUUCUGCAUGCGUUAAAAUAGAAGAUGCAACGUGUGUGUGUGACAGUGUGUGUCUGUUUGUGUGAAAGUGUGUGUCUGUUUGUGUGUGUGUGUGUGUGUGUGUGUGUGUGUGUGUGUGUGUGUGUGUGUUGGCGUUGCGAAGUACAUCAGAGGUGUGUUCUACAAUAAGAGUGAUGUAUGUGUAAAUAAUUCAUUUUUGCUGAUGAAAUGUCAUCACUGUAGAUUAAAAAAAAACUUACACGAUUAAAUCUUGUAUUUUUAACGGCUUUGAUUGUAAAUAAUAUGAAGUUGGUAUUCGCACCUGCCUGUGAAAGCUCUAUAUUUGGCUUUGAUGCUACGCUAACAGUUUUUGGACUGUGCCGUGCUGUAUGUUUUUUGCAUCCAUUUCUGGAUCUUUCUAACCACGGAAAACAAUCUAAUAGGUGAUCCUGUGGAAAUGAAGAAAACUGAUGGAGUCUGUCAUAUAUAUGUGAUGUACCAAGGCUCCACACAGCAGCUUUACUUCAGUGUAACAAAAUCCUUAAAACUAAACAACACGAGACCUUUAUCUUGGACCUACAGUAUCACAUAGCAUUUGAUAUACAUGCAGGAAUGUCCAUUCUUCAAGCUACCUGAAAAGGUAACCCAAGUCAUGCUCAGCAUGGAUUUUCAGCCUGAGGUAUCCCAACCGUAUGUUCAUCUGCUGCAAAUGUUUUUUUCUUUUCUACAAACAUCUGAUGUGAUUGAUUAACACCAACUUCAUCCUGAGAGGAGGAACUAAUCAGUGUAAUCAGCAGACUAUUUUCCCUCCCUGUCAGCAAGGAUAUCACGUCAGCGUCAAGGAAUUUUCCCAGAGAGCCGAGGGGGUGCAGUUGAUGACUUUGAUCUCUUUAACGCUGACUGCACAGAUGAUGAGGCUCAUUCAUGCCAACGCAGAGCCGAGGGAGAUUUUUAAAUUAGGACAGAUGCAUAGAAACCUAAUCCUGGAGGAUGGGUGAGAUUCUGGUGGACGCAUUCUAUACGUGAUGAAUGGAAUUCCUUUGGCUUAAUUAAUGUGGAAUGUAAAUAGAGUGUUGUUUUCUUCAAAAUACCCACAUAAAGAGCACAUGAAUAAGAAUUACUUAGAAAAUCAUUUAUUGUUUAGUUUGGUGCCACUUUAGAAUGCAGGCCGCAAAUUACAGUAAAAUCACUUAGCGUAUAUGUGAUGUCAGUGCAAUAUUUACUGUGUUCUUAUAGACAAAUCUAAGGACAGGAUAGGAAAAUCAGAGACUAGGAAUAAAGGGCUAAUAACUUUUAUUAUAUGUUUUAAAUUCAGCUUCUAAAUUGCUAUAACAAGAAAAGCACUCAGAGUGCGCAGUACUCCACCAAGGCUGCUCAGUCGUAACAUUUCCUACAGCUGAAAUUUUGAAAAAAUUUGUGGCAGAAAUCAUGGCACUAUAGGAUGUGGCCAUUUAAUAUAAAUGUACCCACAAACAAAAUGACCUUGCGCUCAGCACAGGCGUGUGUUAUGCAUGUGUACGUUAUGUAUGGAUACCGAAUCGCGUGACCUAAAUAUGUAGCAGGUGGCUGGAAUUGAUGGGCCUCAGAAACACAGAAAUACAGAAAUCUUUAACAAAUCCAUGGAUCCAGACUAUAAGCUGCAUCACUGCCAAAAUCUAACCACUUGGUCCUUGUGUCAUUUCUGACUUUCCCUGAAAAUUUCAUCCAAAUCCAUUAGAUCAUUUUUGAGUAAUGUUGCUAACAGACAGACAGACAGACAGACAGACAGACAGACAGACAGACUGACAAACAGACAGACAGACAGACUGACAAACAGACAGACAGACAGACAGACAAACAUACACCGAUUAUCACAUAACUCCGCCAAGGAACGGCGGAGUAAUUAGAGUCCAUUUAAGAAUUGUGGAGUUAUUAUUAUUAAUAUAAAUCUAAUGUAUAUUUUUGUUGUUGCUGGUGACCAGAACACUAGUCUAAGUCUAGGAAAAGUAGUGUACCUGUGUUACUAUAGCGGAUAAAUAGUCAUUGUAAUGUGUUUGACCUCAUAAGACCCGAGCUUUGGUUGGACUUGCAUUUUAGAUUUCUUCUAGUUAUUUGGGAUAAGGAGUAACCAAUAAAUAUAAUAACUGGAUAAUAUCUAAUAUGUGAUUAUUAUGUUUAUUAUAUUUAUACUAUAUUUAUAUUGUUGCUAUUUUUGUUGUUGUUACUAUUAUUAAUAUUAUUAUUGUUGUUAGUAUUAUAAUUAUUAACAAUACGUUCUUUUUGAAAAAAAAAUGAUGUCCACAUAUGUGGACAUCAUAUCUUAGGAGGUUAAGAUAUGUGGGGGAACAAUCGUAGUUUUGAAAUCUUGUGAAGGAAUGGCCAAAGUAAUCAAAACUUAUCCUCCCAUCAUCCCACCGGUGAUAGCCAGGCACUAUAUUUUUCCAUCCCAUUCCCCUGACUGUUAGAUAUCUUUUAAAUACCUUGAGGGAAUCGCUUCAAAAUUGGCAAAAACGUGGGAGUUUGAAAUACUGUCCAGAAUGAAGAAAGGUCACAAAACAGGAAUCAUUUCAUAAUUUAUACAAAAUGUCUAAUGGGACAAAAUUAUGAGGUGAUGACAUUUUAUAUCCAAAAGGUCGAAGGUCAAAUCUGGACAGACUUUGGAGCAAAGUGCAACUUGAGGAGUUGACAGAAGCAAAAAAUCAUGAAGUGGUAAUUCUACUUAUUGUAAUGAUAUACACUACCGUGUAACAGUCUGGGGUCUUCCUCUGUACCCCUAUGUAGAUAGUCCAUUAAAAAUCAGCCAUUUCCAGCUAGAAUAGUCAAUGUUAAUGUUAUCUUCAUUUAAAAAAAAAAGUUUUACUUUCAAAAAUAUGGACAUUUCUGAAUGACCCCAAACUUGUGAACGGUAGUGUAUAUAUUGCAGUAAGAGUGGAUAAAGGUUGAAUGAUUAAACGGUCCUUUGUCCUUUAAUUACGGUAAUUACACAGUAAAUAUUGCAUAUCUAUUAUGUAGGGUUAUUUCAUCAUAAUUACAAAGUACAUUCUAUUUUUACUAAGUAGAAGAAAAGUGUUUUCAGCUGAAUGUUAACAUAGUUUCAAAGUUCAAAAUAAAACAUUACAGCAUUGUACUGAACUAAAAGGUAAUGCUUGUUGGUUCAUCAUCCCCCUUUUAGUUAUGGAAUAUUGACCCAGUAAUUAUAAAAGCACUUACAGUUCUUUUUGGUUCGUAGGUCCCAUCUGAACACAAAUUUCUUAUCCCCGUCUCCCCUUCUCCUGCUGUUAUUUAGUAUUCCAUUGGCCGAAUGUAUACAUUAAAUAGUUUCACUGUAAUGCAGGCUGCAUUCUAAAGUCUGAACCAUUAAUUUUGCAGAUAUACAUUUCAAGACAUUUUUUUCUGAGUGAUUUCAUGCUAAACAAAAAGCCUUAUUUCUUUUUAUAAAGUCAUAACAUUUAAAAAAGGAAGUACAAUCAUAUUUACAUGUGACAGUGUGGACAUGUGAUAAAGGUGCUCUGUCUUAUUGUAGCUUUCUUGUGGGAUUUCCAUUUGUUUUCAGUUUUUAUUUAUUCAUUCACUGACACAAUGAUAUUUGUACAGUUUUUCAGUGCUCUGUGUUUUACUACGGUUGUUCUGGUGUCUCUUUUGAAUUGUGUUCCUGUAUUGAAAUCAGCUGUGCUAUUAAAAAAAAAAUGACCAGAAUAUAUCCGGGAAAAAAUUAGUUUCCCAUCUUUCUAAUCUUUCUCUGCUUGGAAUGCAAUGUGUGAGAACGUUCUCCAUAUCUGGAUGGUAUUUUGAAAUAUAUCCGGGCUUUUGAUUGUGUCUUAUGCAGUGCUGCUGAUAUUCUAAAGUUAAAUUAAACUUUGUGGAAUUUUCUCAAAGAAA